CCGGGCCCGGGCGGCGGGAGGAUGCCCCUGGCUGCCUACUGCUUCCUGCGAGCCGUGGGGAAGGGCAGCUACGGGGAGGUGAGCCUGGUGCGGCACCAGCAGGACAGCAAGCAGUAUGUCAUCAAAAAGUUAAACCUUAAAAAUGCUUCCAGCCGAGAAAGGAAAGCAGCAGAACAAGAGGCACAGUUGUUAUCCCAGUUGAAACACCCGAACAUAGUCACCUACAGAGAGUCCUGGCAGGGGGAAGAUGGCCUAUUAUAUAUUGUUAUGGGCUUCUGCGAGGGAGGAGAUCUGUAUCACAAACUUAAAGAGCAGAAGGGCAAACUUCUGCCUGAGAAUCAGGUGGUGGAGUGGUUUGUCCAGAUUGCCAUGGCACUGCAGUAUUUACAUGAAAAGCACAUUCUGCACAGAGAUCUUAAAACUCAAAAUGUUUUUCUGACACGAACAAAUAUAAUCAAAGUGGGUGACCUGGGAAUAGCCAGAGUGUUGGAAAACCAGUACGACAUGGCCAGCACUCUGAUAGGCACACCAUACUACAUGAGCCCUGAACUCUUUUCUCACAAACCCUACAACUACAAGUCUGAUGUUUGGGCAUUAGGCUGCUGUGUUUAUGAAAUGGCUACACUGAAACAUGCCUUUAAUGCUAAAGACAUGAACUCUUUGGUUUAUCGCAUUAUAGAAGGAAAGCUGCCACCCAUGCCAAAGGAUUAUAGCCCACAGUUGGUAGAAAUAAUACGAACUAUGCUCAGUAAAAAACCCGAGGAAAGACCUAGUGUGAAAAGCAUACUACGACAGCCGUAUAUCAAGCACCAAAUUUCUUUGUUUUUGGAAGCCACGAAGGCGAGAGCAGCCAGAAGUCAUAAGAAAACGGUGAAUUCUAAACCUAAAGAUCCUUGUCCUGUGGUCUCAGUAAAGAAUGAAUCUCAUAGCAGGAACGUUACACACCAAAACCACUCCUUUGCGCAAGCCAGGAAAUACAAAGUUACUGAAGAAGAUUGCAUCAUCGAAUAUAAAGCCACCAAAUUUUGUCCCUCAGAGAAACCAGCUGUUGAGUUGGAAAGAAAACCAAGCAAUAAUGAUUUGAACAACCUGGGAGACUCCUUAGCUACAGUUAGUGAAGUGAAUAUUGAUAUCUUACCAUCUGAAAGGGUGAAGUAUGGAAGUGAGAAGUGUGGCAGUGAGCAUAUUCCAGAGAAUAAUAAAGCAAAGUAUUUAAAUGUUCCAGGAAAUUCUAAAAUAACAUCCAGUAGCCCACCAAUUAAGGAAGAUGGACUACAGCAAAGAGCAAAGCAAGCUUUUAAAGCUGAAAAUGUUAAGUGUAAGCAGUCUUCUGUUGAUGCUUUAGAAGAAGAUGGUGACACUUUGAAACUCCUGCAGCCUGUAUCAAAAGACCAAAAGCAAACUGACCUGAGCUUGGAUUCUACUGAAAAGCUGCUAGCACCAUUUGUUCCUGUUGUAAUUCAAGAUGACAUCUGUCAUGGAGCUUCAGGAGAUGCUCAGGAAAAAAUUGCAUCCCACUUGCAGCCUCAUAGUUCUGUCAGUGAACCCUCUCUCUCACGGCAGCGACGGCAGAAGAAAAGAGAAGUAGCUGAAGUCUCCUCAGAGAAGUUCAGAGCAGUUGCUCCUCGGCCUUUACCUUUUCUUUCUGAUGAGAAUGCAAAAACAACACAGAGGUGUGCAGAGCAGCAUGGUGCUGAAGCCUCUGAAUCUGUAAAUAGCAUCAAAACCAGUCAAGUUGCCAUUUCAAAGGAGCGGCCCUUGUCAGCAAGAGAACGAAGGAGGCUAAAACAGUCUCAGGAGGAGAUGUUUCCCUCUGUGAUUCCAGCAAGACGAACGUCAAAUAGUGCAGUAGUUGAAGCAAAAUCACAUUUGGAAAAUCAUGUUAAAGUUGCUCAGUCCUCAUCAGAUCCCAGUAUUUCUCAGAGAAAGAGAGAAACCCAUUGCCUGUCUGAUGAUGAGUUAAGCUCUUCCACAAGCUCUACAGAUAAGUCUGAUGGAGAUUCCAAGGAGAAAAGAAGCAAUAUGAAUGAAAUGAAUGACUUGGUGCAGCUAAUGACAUGGACGCUGAAAAUGGACUCUAAGGAGAACUCUGAAUACUGUGUAACCUCGACUCCAGCCCCAGAGUUUAAACUUCAUCGAAAAUAUCGAGACACUUUGAUUUUGCAUGGAAAAUCACCUGAUGAAUUAGAGGAAUUAAAAUUUGAGGAGAUUCCUUCAGAUAUAUUAUCAGUUCCUGACAAGAUUAGGAGAAUGGUUGAAAUCCUGAGAUCUGAUGUGGUGCAAGGAUUGGGAGUGAAACUUCUUGAGAAGGCGUACAGCAUCAUGGAAGAAGACGAUGAAGUGAAAAGAGAGCUGCAGUUGCGGGAGCAUAUGGGAGACAAGUAUGCAAGUUACAGUGCGAAGGCACGUCAUCUGAAGUUUCUUGAAGAAAAUGUGAAGUUCUGACCAGAACUUUUUCCUUAGAAAAGGACUGUUUAUAGCUCAUUUGAUAGAUUGGACCAGCUUACAAAGCACGUUUAUCCAUUGACCUCCUUUGCUGGAAUAUGGAGGUGAACUUGCAAAAAACAUUAUAGUUGUAAUAAUAUUUUUCACGUUAAAAUGUGAACCAGGCUAUCACUUUCUCAGAAGAGAAACUGUUUAGUUUAGUUUUUAUUCUCUUAAUGAAACUUCAAAAAGUUGCUUUUUAUAGAUGCAAAGAGGGACAGAUACCAAGUUUUGUAUACAAAGGAGUGUCAAAAAAAAAAAAAGUUUUGACUUGAAUUUGUCAUAGCAAAAGGUUUUUGGUAUGGUCAUAUACUAGAUACGGUAACAAAAUCUAUGCCAAGGGUAUAGCGUGAUAGGUUAUAAGCUAUUAUAUCACAAAGUUGUGAAAAUUUAGCAGGGAGAAACAACUACUAAUUUUUGUAGCACCAGAAGCCCUCCAGGUUCUGUAAAUUGCCAAGUUCAAGUGCUAAAGAGGGUGGUUGUUCUGCUUUUAAGCAGAGCCUUUGCUUUUGUGUCUUAUUGCUAAGGCAAUCACCAAGGUGGUGGAAAAUAUGUGGUAACUGUAUAAAAUAAGCCUGAAAAUGUUUGAAAGGAACAGAGCCGUGGUUACCAUGGUCCCUGCUGGAGAAAUCCCUUUGCCUUACAAAUACUAAUUCCUUUUAGGAAUGAAAGUGCCCAAGACCAGGGUCACUUGGAGAAAUAGGCAUCUUAGCUUUUCCCUUUCUUCGCAUCUAGAUUGUGUUGCUACACAUGCCCAGGCAUUGUCAUGUACCAUCACUGCAGAAAAAGCACGUGUCGUUUUUAAAGGAUAAGGAAGUCAAAAGGGAAUUGAAUUUGUAAAAUAAAAUUUUAAACGCAGAACCUGUCUCUUUCCCUGCCUCUCGCUUAAAUACUGUAACUUCCAGCACCUCUGAGGGAGACUAACAUGACGGUCAGUAGUAAAAAAGUGCAAUACCUGUGGAUCUUGAAGGUUUCAAUAGCUAUUGUAUUAUGCAGAGUCAAGAUGUUACUUUCUCUACCCAGGCAAAUUUAUUUUAAACAAAAAUGCCAGUCUGUAAUCUCCUAUCCUAGAACAGUUUCCAGUUCUUAGUGUUUUUUCAGAACCAUGGGGUAUGUACUGUUUUCCAGUACUUGUUACAACCUGAUACAACUGACAGCUUGUUUUACACAGUUAGAAAUAUUUUAGUAGAAAUCCAGCUGUAUAUUAUCUUUUAAGCUAGACUUGAUUUGAUUUGCUGUGUUCCUUUUUACUAAAAUACUUGAGUGAGAUGUGAGCCUUCUAAAGUUAAUUCCCCCCACCCCUGCCUUCCCAGUGACUUCACUGAAACUCCAGCCAAAAUUUAGAGAGCCUUCAUGCUCUCUGCAGAUCCUGGUGUACUCAUGGUAGUAUACGAAGUAGUAAGAAAAAAA